CGAGCAGAGCUUCGACCCUCUCUGACUCACUGUUCCUGCUCCUCGCCAGACCUGUUUGUUCACCGGAUCAUCGAGGACCAGAACAGCAGCGAUGUCGUCCGGAAAGGCCCUCGUCGUGUUCAAAGACGCGCUGUUGCGUCCGCAGCACCACGGCAAGAACCUGUUCACAAACCCACUAUCGCUCGAUAUCCUGCCGACCCAGAAAUGGGCCGUCACAGGCACACACAAGUCUCGUCUUUUGCAAGCCCUGGCCGGUCAAUUCACCGCCGUGCCGGCUUCUUCGCGGACCUACCCGUUCUUGGAGAACAAGGUCUGGCCGGCGACCGCGUGCAGCUUGAUCAUGUUCGACACCGACAUCAAGCCCGCCUAUCUGGCGGCGCGAUACGAGUUCUUCCGCGAGGCCGAGGACGCAGAUCUUGAGUCUUUUCUCAGAAGCGCGUUCCAUGCAGAUAAAACAGAUACGGCGGCGAUUGAGAAGCAGGAAAAGGUGUUUAAUGAGGUCGUCGAUAGACUCGGACUUCGGCAAUUGCUCAAGCAGUGGGUGGUUACGCUCAGUAACGGACAGAAUCGACGCGCUCGCAUUGCCCGGGGCCUGCUGAAGAGCCCGCGGAUCCUGCUCGCGGAUGAGCCGUUCCUCGGACUGGAUCCUGGUGCUACGGAGAACCUGGCAAACAUGCUCGGCGAGUUGUAUCCCAACCCAUACGUGAUUCUCGGCCUGCGCGCGCACGAGCCGGUUCCGUCGUGGAUCACACAUAUGGCUGUCGCAGACGAGAACGGGAUUGUCGAUGCCGGAACGAAAGAGGCUGUGGCGCCGACGAUCAAGAAACUGAUUGACCAGCGCAACGCCUUGUUCCACGAUGUCGAGCCGUUUGACUUUGAGGCCGCGGGAAUGACGCCCCCGUUGCGCGAGGGCGUGGAGUCUAUUAUCGAUAUCGAUCACGCUACGAUUCAGUACGAAGACCGGAUGGUUAUCAACGAUUUGAAAUGGGUCGUCAAGCGCGGCGAUCGAUGGCAUUUGCGAGGAAACAACGGAUCGGGUAAGAGCACGCUGCUCUCGAUGCUCACUGCCGACCACCCCAAGUCCUGGAACUCAAAGAUCAAGAUGUUUGACGAGCCGCGCAAGGUCGGCAAGCACAACUACUUCUCAAUCAACCGCGCCAUCGGCCAUGCUUCUCCCGAGAUCCACGCUAUCUUCCCCAAGACCCUGAAAGCCAGAUCGGCAGCUGCUACCGGAUUUACUGUCGGCAGCUUCCUGCCGCCUGCUGCGUCUGCGCAUGUCGCGGGCGGUCUGAACAAGGAGCAAAUGUACGAGCGCGUGAAUAAGCUACUGGAGUACUUCAAGGUCGACGGAAACACUACGUUCGGCGACCUCACGCUCAACGACCAAAAAGUCGUGCUCUUCAUCCGCGCAAUCAUCCGCAACCCCGAGAUCCUGAUUCUCGACGAGGCCUUCUCGGCCAUGAACGACGAGAGCAUUUUCCGGUGCAAGAAGUUUGUCGACGAGUGGGGCGGGACGGUGAUUGCGAUCGGCCACGUCAACGACGAGAUCCCGCGCUGCGACAAGUACAUCCGUCUGCACGGCGGACACACCAAGCCCGAGCAGGGUCUUGUCGAGUAAGAACAGAGAGCAGAAGAUAAAAUCCGGAGGAAGUAAUCGGCUAUUCGCUCUCUGUUCCCCAUAUCAAAAUAACCAGUGUAGAUAGAUAGCAGUAAAUGUGACAAUAUUAUGCAGUUGUGGCUCUAAACGCAGCUUCUUUUCCCAUUUAUGCCAAAACCAAAAGUUGGCGUCAAAGUCCCAGCCAGUAAUUUUUUUUCCGAGUUUUCA